AUGUAUCCUCUAGCUCCUAUACAUCUGCUACUUCUUCUAAUCUCUCUCUCCAAAUUUAUACUCACAGUCAUCUUCAUCCCAUGGAGUAUUCAGCAACAGUUCAGGAAACAAGGCAUCAGAUGCCCCAGCUACCGUCCGAUUUUCGGAAACUCGAAGGACAUAAUGAGGCAGUACAGAGAAGCUGAAUCAAAGUCCAUUCCUUUCAACCAUGAUACCAUUCAUCGUGUGGCUCCACCUUACUGUAACUGGUCACCCUUGUAUGGGAAGACUUUCCUGGUCUGGUUUGGCACCAAGCCUAGAUUGACUACAGCCGAACCGGACUUGAUCAAAGAGGGUUGGGUGCCUGAAGUUGUUGCUAGGAGCUUAAAGAUGCUGGAAAAGUGGGAGCAAGAAAGAGGAGGAAGAGAUGAAUUCGAGGUAGAAGUUAACAAAGACCUAUAUAAUCUGUCAGCAGAGAUCCUAUCCAGAACAGCUUUUGGGAGUAGUUUUGAAGAGGGGAAGCUCAUUUUCGAAUUACAAGAACAACAGAUGAAUCUCGCAUACCAGGCCAUGCGCAGUGUUUACAUUCCUGGAUUCAGGUUUCUUCCCACGAAGAAAAACAGAACGAGGUGGAGACUAGAGACGGAAAUCAGAGACUCGAAAGAUGCUAAUUGA